UUCAACUUGGAUGGGCUUAGGCGUAGGUCUUUGAUACAAUCAGAGUCCUAGCCCUACUUUUUUUUCCUCCAAUCUGACUGAAAGAAGGUACUGCAUACUUGUUCAAAAGAAGCCCAUUGUUUUCAGCAAAGAUGGAUGCCGAUGCGUUGAUAACCGGAGACAAACUCAUACCGAGGGGAUGCACAUUUUAUGGUUUUCACGGCGCAAUAGCCGAAGAAAGGGUGCUGGGUCAGAAAUUCUUGGUAAACAUAGAUGCUUGGAUGGAUGUUAGAGCAUCAGGCAUAUCUGAUCACUUGUCAGAUACAGUUAGUUACGCCGAAAUCUAUGGUAUUGCUAAGGAAAUUAUUGAAGGGAAGGCUCACAUUCUUCUGGAGUCAGUGGCCCAAAAGAUUGCAAUAACUACUCUGACACAAUUCCCACAUAUUUCUGCCAUCCGCGUGAAUGUUGGAAAGCCUCAAGUUGCGGUUCGGGGUCCAGUUGAUUACUUGGGUGUCCAGAUUCUUCGAAGAAGAAGCGAUUUACUCAACUAGAAAUUAAUGUUUACAUCUAUCUGUGUUAGGUUUUGUGUGUCUUUCAAGUCACAUUUUGCUGAGGAAAUGC